CUUUCACUGAGUAGAAAGGCUGCUAGGGGACGUAAGAAUUUAUCUUCCGUAAGCACUUCAUAGUGGAAGAGUCCAAAAGAAUUUAUAUGCACACAUCGUUGUGCACUAUGAAAGAACUUCCGAUUGGCAGUCCUGAAAAAUCUUACUAUGGUUCAAUUUUUAGAUUUUGAUAAACAUCAUUUCUUACAAGGUUUCGGCAACAAAACAAUAUGGAAAGAAAAGCAUGUUUAAGCCAGCAAGAGAAAAUUCUAAAAAACUGACACAUUUCGAAGACUUAGGAAUCUCAAAAUGGAAUAAGCAUUUAAAUAAGAUAAUGUCAACAAAUGACACAGAAAAGUCAAAUGAAAUUUCUGAUGAUUUAGAUGCCAAGAUAGUUAAUGGCAGAGAAGCUGAAGAAGGCGAAUUUCCUUGGAUGGUAGCUCUCCAUUAUAAUGGCCGUUUCAUUUGCAGUUCAUUUUUGAUCUCCCCUACUAUAGUGAUGACUGCAGCGCACUGUGUGCAAUUCGAAGAUAGUGUAGAACCUGCCACUGCAUUUUAUGGCAUUAUUGGAAACAUUCGUCGCUCAGGUCCAGAAACUCGAAUUGACUUCUCUGAAGUGGCAGCCCAUCCAGAAUAUGGAACUGGUUCAGAGUACGACAUAGCUGUGUUUCGGACUACACAGCCAGUGGAAAUGAGUGAAACAAUUUCUACUAUUUGCCUCCCUACAGCUGGAAGGAAAUUUGAAUUCGAACCUGUUCGUGCGAUGGGGUGGGGUGUCACAUCAACUGAGUCUCGAGAGCCACCGGAAAUUUUAAUGACUACUGAAAUGACAGUAGAACCAACAUCUUUAUGUCAAGCAUUUUUUGCAAUUUCGAUGAUAACCAUCACAGAUAGACACGUUUGUGUGACCUCAUUUAGAGCUACUGGAGUAUGUUUUGGUGACUCAGGAGGUCCACUGGUUUACGAAGAUCCUGAGAGUGGCAGACCACUAGCUAUAGGCGUCGCAUCAUUUGUUACGAUUCUGGGCUGCGGGCGUCCCCUUGUUCCAAGCGUAUACACCGCAACGUCGGGUUAUAUCGAUUGGCUGAAUGAAACUGUUGUUGAUACAUCUGAUAUAUGCUUUGUAUGAAUGCUAGAAUAAAAUAGAAAACAUUUUUUACAGUUCA